AUGAGCGAUACACCUACGCAAGUCGCCAGGCAUGCGCGCCAUGCCCAUUCCCAUACUACUUCCACUUCGCCGCCCCCGAGAAACAGAAUUUCCGAUGAUAUACUUACCAAUCUCGGCCCGCGUAAUGUCGUCGAUGCCCUUAAUACCGCCACCGGCGCCCUGAGGGCGUCGCUCGACAAAUUUUCCACUUCCGAUCGAGAGUUUACAAUGCGAACCGCCCUUGCGUCGCAUGCCAUCUGGGUAUGGCUCGAGGAGCUACAAUCUUGGCCAUGGCCAUCCGGGUCAGGCUCUUCCGGUUUCGAGAUGCCCAGUGAGGAGGAGCUUAAAAGAAAAACGAUGCAGCUCUCCGUACCCGAGGAGGGAGAUGACCAAUGGAUGGGGAGUUUGCUAGCUCGAGACGUAGCAACGUACGACCGAAGAGUCGCUGAUAUUCAACGUGAUUUGUCCGAUCUCGGUAUCGAGGAUAUCAAAACACACAUUCGAAUGAAUCACAUCGAUCUAAUGUCCCGGCCGGGCACUCCGCUCAACGAAUUCAACGCAGCUGGCCAACUCUCACGUUCAAGCUACAAUCGUAUGGAAGACCACACAGCGGUCAUCAUGACGAUUGUCAUGAAUGCGCUGCCUGUUUUAAACAACCUGAGACGCUUAUUGCAGACCUGGGACUUGCGCCUUUGCGCCUUACGCCGCGUACCAACCCUACUACUUGCCUUGGAGGACGCUGAAGUCGCUCUGCAAUCCGCUUUCAAGGCCAUUUCUCUACAUACAAGAGAUACACCGCAAAAAGACAACGCUUCCCCACAAGAUUCAACACUUACAAGAGAGACUUUCGACGUCAUGAAGAAGCAUAUCGAGCAAUUGAUUGCACGUCCGGGUCGAUCUCUUGAUUACAUGCUCGACUGCUUAGAAGGUCUACCCGAUACUUUACCCGGGGACUGGCUGGACCGUAUGGAAGCUGUCGAGUCGAGUUAUAGCGAUUGGGUUGUUGUAUGCGAACAGAAGAUCCGAGAAACUGAGCGGAAUACCCCUGCACAAACAGACCCACCACCACAAUCCACAGAACCUCCACGAUCACCGUCACCAGUCAAACAAGAUGCAGAAGCUAAGGGGCCUGCUGUACUUAGUGAAAGUCUGGCCGCCGACGAAUCCUACAGCGAUGACGACACCCCUAUCAACACCAGCAUGGGCGUUGUGCCGAUCCCAUUGCUUCUACCACCUAAGAUAAUUGGGAGCGAAUCAUCUGACGACGUCAACAUGUCUGUGGAACCCGUAAAGUCGAGAGUUCCUUCUGGGUUGUCUGAGGCCGACACUAUCAUACCUGGAUGGCACAAGAGAGAUAGUUCAUCAGAGAGUGAGCCUGAGAGUCCCCCAUCAUUUCUCCCUAUUCAAGAGGUCGACGAGACCUUCGAGGAAGAAAAUGAUACCUUUGAUGGGACAAGAGACGUCAUGCCUGGUACUCCUAAAGCACCAAGACAGAGUAUCGAGGAGGACCUCAUCUCCCCAACAGACUUGACUCGUACCCCUGAGACACCUGAUUAUAGCUAUAGCUUCUCGCACGAUUAUGACCGAGAAAUUUCUCCCGAACUGCCACCUCUUCGCCCUCUGCCUCUACCCCGACCAAGAAUGGACCCAUCUCGACAGCUUGCCGUCCGUUCAUCAAGCAUGAAUUUCGCAACCUUGUCUAGCGACCCCCCAGAGGUAUCUGGCUCUCCUGAUCUGCCUAGAAACCGAAUCCGUGAAGCCGAGUACUUCCAAGCAAGCCCGCCGAGCUCUCCACCUCUGGACUCAAGGGAGCUCUUGCCAGCACCUCUCGGCAGCCCUUUCCGAGGACCGGACCGUACUGUUCAUGACCUCGACAUGUCACCCAUGCAAAUGCAACAAAUAGAAGAAUCUUUCGAAGAUGAGUUUGAUGACUCUUUCUCAAUCUCAGAAUAUCCUACUCCCUUUGAACACCGACCUAGUGCUGGUGAUCAGCAUCUACAACAGCAAAUCAGUGACAUUAUCAAUUCUAUACCCGCAAAGAUCAAGUUGUCUACCGAAUCUAAGGUCAACCUUAACCCCCCGGACUUGCAGUUGCCGCGUGUGAGGAAGAGGCCCUCUAUCGAGCCAUUCCGAAGAAGCACAUCAGGCCUCUCCUCUACCUCUAGGGCGGGUACGCCUUCAUUUACUCUUUCACCAGUAAAGAACACCAGGGUACGGAACCGCGGACACUCUGAGAUUAAGGUCUACCACCUGUCUAGAUCGACUGGUGAAGCCCCCAUCAAACUCUUCAUUCGCUGUGUUGGCGAGCAAGGAGAGCGAGUUAUGGUUCGCGUGGGUGGUGGUUGGGCCGACCUUGGUGAAUACCUCAAAGAGUAUGCAAGCCAUCACAAACGACGAUCUGCUGCAACCAAUGCCAAGGUGGAGGUUCUUCCAGAAUCACCUAACUCACGAAGAACAAACGUUGGCUCGAGCCCUGGAGGUCGACCCCAAUCUGCUGUGGAAACGUCUCCCAUGUCACCUCUAUCCGUCCGUAAGACGCGCCGGAGUGUUGGUGCCAUGGGCAGCGAGGCACCACAGCUGAGUUUCGGAACGCCCGGGGAAGAAGGCCCCUCAGAAGUCUUUGGCCGCUCGAGAUCGAACUCUCACCUCAGCUGGAAAGAGGAUGAUAGUUCUUUCCUUGGACUUGCCGGACCUACCGGCAAGAAGGUUGAGAUGAGCGAGGAGAACAAGGCAUGGGUCGCAAGCGUUAAGGAAAAGGUCAGAAUCGCUAGUGUCGGUGAACGAAGAGCAUCAUCGACGACCGGUCAGUUUGGAGAACUUGGCAAGGUCGGUGGUACGAAACGACUAUUCCUUAAGUCUGAAGACCGUCGAGAAUCGAAGGGAGGCCGAGAGUCGAGAGGAGGUCGCGAAUCGCGAGGAAGUGUCAGAUGA